AGGUGGAGUUUGGUGCCACAUCACAUGUAACUGCAGCCGCUCCGAAGCGCAGCGCCGAAGCUGUUGUCCUGAGAAAAGAGCGAGCUGUCAGGAGCAGGAAGCGGCGGAUCAACAACGGAAGCGAGAGCAUGUUGCGUUUCGCGACAAUUACACUUUGAGUUGAGAGGUGUGGAGGAACAUGCUCCCAGCGCACAGAUUCGUGUGCUUUGCUUGUGCGAUUCUGCUGAGAUUCACAGAGAUCUUGACAAAUGUCUCGCAAGAAGGCAGUUAAAGGCAAAGCCGCCGCCAGCAGCCCGUCUGCGGGCAGCCCCGCGGGGAAGGGGACCGGGAAAUCUGCGAGAGGCAGCCCGAGCAUUGUUCCGAUGAACGGGGUGGUCCAUCCCAGCAGACCCUCCAUCAGCAACAGCAGCGAGUUUUACGACAUCGCUUUCAAGGUCAUGCUGGUUGGAGACUCCGGUGUGGGGAAAACCUGCCUGCUGGUGCGUUUCAAAGAUGGAGCGUUCCUGGCCGGCAGCUUCAUUUCCACCGUCGGGAUAGACUUCAGGAAUAAAGUCUUGAACAUUGACGGAGUCAAAGUGAAGCUCCAGAUCUGGGACACAGCUGGACAGGAGAGGUUCCGCAGUGUCACUCACGCCUACUAUCGCGACGCUCACGCUCUUCUGUUGCUGUACGACGUCACCAACAAGAACUCCUUUGACAACAUACAGGCAUGGCUGACUGAAAUCCAUGAAUACGCCCAACAGGAUGUGGUGCUCAUGCUGCUCGGAAACAAGGCUGACGCUACUCACGACAGGGUGGUGAAGCGAGAGGACGGCGAGAGACUGGCUAAGGAAUUUGGGGUUCCCUUCAUGGAGACCAGCGCCAGGUCAGGUCUCAAUGUGGAGCUGGCUUUCACUGCUGUGGCCAAGGAGCUGAAGCACAGGUCCACAAAAGAUCCCAGUGAGAAGUUCAAGCUCCACGAAUACGUAAAUAAGGAGAUGAAAGGCGCUGGCUGCUGCAGGUCUUAAGAACCUGCCCGAGGCAGUCUUUGGAUUUGUAUGUGUGGGCGUGUGUGGGAUUGUUCCUAUUUAUACUGCUCGGGUUCCAGUCUGGCCUGAUCGGAGAUGCGGAGUCAGCAUCGGUGAGGUAUAAACCUUUUUGGCCCCAUUUUUGUUUUUUCCAUUAUGAAGCCCCCCCAUGUAUUGUCCUGUAAUCGAUUGUGCCCCCUCACCUCACCCACCUCGUUCUGUGGCUGUGAAUGUAGCCAGAGGUUAUAUGAUUUGCUUAGGACGAAGACAGGCCCUGUUAACGGACAUUUUCAUCCACGUGACACUGCAGUAUAACGUUUUGUGAUUAUCUUUGAGUUCUCUGUCACUUUUUUUUUUCUUUUUAAGAGACAAGAUACACGUUUUGUAAAAGAGUUUUCACGUUGAAUGUUGUGAAUGAAUGUUAAUGCGACUCGAUGUGUAGUGAUGUGUCUCCGGUGUUCACAUCAGUGAAGAUACAGGCUCCCCAGAGCCAGUGUUAGCUCACCAGCAUAGAUCCUAUUUAAGUAUUUCCACAAUUCAGCUUUGUAUAUUUGGGAACAUGUAUUACUUCAACAGAACAGUAAAAGCAAAUAGAUGUUGCUACUUUGGUUACAAAGACACCGAGUUUUGGUUUAGAGACUCUGAAUUCAUUUUAGUAUACAGAAGCGGACUCAUUAUUUGGAUUUUUCUUUACAAUAACACAAGGUCUUGGAGGGCACUAAUGCAACCUCUCAUGUUGAAUAUUAUAUGCUCAGACACUGUAAGUAACCUAUACACAAUUUUUGACAAAUAUGGUGUAAAUAAUCAACACUUUUCUUCUGCAUGUAAAAAAACAAACAAACAAAAAAAAACAGUUUCAAUAGAAGGGAAUUAGCACUUUAUCUUUUGGGGAAUAAAAAGUUGCAUAAAGUAUUGUAUAUGGAACGCAUUGUAAAUGUCUCUGUAUUAAUUCCAUGUAGUAGGCCGCUUUGAUUGUAUUUUUUUUGUAUUUUUCCAUACAUACAUUAAUAUAUAAAUGAGGGAUAUAGUGCCAUGAUUUCUUAAACACUUCUUAUAACAGUACUUAACCUAUUCUUUAUGUAAAGAGGCUUCUGCUCAUAUGUCUGUUGGUUUGGUAGACCUCAUCUUAGUCGUAGAAGUCGUAUAAAUAGACUCUCUGUACAGUCCUCACGGCACAGUCUCGUGUUUUUUCCGCUCUUGAUGUUCGGUUUCACUACCUUUCAGUGUGUGACUUCUUUCUUGUAACCAAAAGUUAACGACAAUAAAACAAAACGAUGUACAAUAAA